AUGUCCAAGCACAAUGUUGAGCUACACAAAAGCCUCGACCGCAAAUUUGCUGCCAGUACUGGCAGAGACCUCUCUCCACUGCAUGACGGUCUCGACUCGGAGUCUCGGAGGUGUAACGCGUGUGUCGUCCCCUUAGGGCGGAGCCCUUCUGGACGAUGUCACUGUUGUGCGGUCGUCGAGGUCCACAUGGCGACUCGUCAGAAUUAUCCAAUUGGCCAAAUGAUUGUUCAAGCCAUCAUGCAAAUUGCGCCGGAUUCAGACGCUGCUCUCGUAUUUUCUUCUGUCCUGAAAACUCUGAAUCCGGUCCGCGAGCUGGUACGGUGCUCCGUUCAGUCAGGCAUGGGACUCGCGGUCAGCACGGGUGAAUUACAGGGCGCACACCAGGGAACAGCUGUUGUUGGCAUCGCCAGCAUCGAACGUGGCUCUGAUAUCAAUGAUCGCGGAAUAGUCAUCCAGGAUCACGUCGCAGCGAAGGAAGAUGUCUCCUUGGAUCUGCAGCAACCAAGCAGCAACCGUCUGGGGCUGCUCUGUCACUAUGUACUAAGCGAUCUGACCGGCGCUCAGCGUAUCUUCGCAGCUUCCAUUUGUCCUUCACUUGUCCUUUUCGCACUCAAAUGCCACGAGAUUGAGGACAUCAGUAUACGACUUCACGAUCCAGCGCGGACGGCGAGAACGCAGAGCUUUACUCGACCUCCAAGGCCCAGCCAAUGGAGACGUAGAAGGGUCCAUCGAGUAUCCACCAGCCCGCUCGAACACCCGCCGGCCUUGAUCUCCAAGUGCACGCAGCUUAUCCCAUAUCCGAAGCGUCGCCGACUCCAGAGCGCCCCUGGAUGCAUGGAAAAGAGCGCAUCGACUGUACUUAUGGAAGUCGACGUCGUCCACGUAGGCGGGUGCGGUGUUGAUGCCAGCACACUCCACGACCUUCGACACGACCUGCUGGAUACCGGGACCAGUCAGCGCACUGGCGCCCUCCAAACCGAACUUGCCAAGGUCAAAGAACUUCCUCACGGCCAGGCUUGCAAUAGGUCGAAUAGAACGGUGCCGGUGUUCCCUGGGCCGAGGGUGCAGACCACCACGGCGAGAGCUCCUCCCGAUCUGGCACUCCAGCGCGACCAGAUCUUCGAUACGUACUUCGGGGAGCGCGUCCUUGAUCCAGGGAAAACGGUCGACGAUGUGGAAGUCGGCGAGCAGUCAAAGCUUGCCACCUCGCCUGAAGUUGUCAGGAAAGGGUGGGGGCAGCUGUAUAGAACCGGUGCAUCCGCGAAAUUUUGA